CCACCAUGCUGUAUUACACACUCUACACGCACAUAUUACGUGACUUAUAGCACAAGUACAAAAUGUAUUUGUGCGCCAAUUUCUUUGAACUUGAACUUUGAAGCAACACUCCUCAUUUCGCCUCAGCAUCGAAUUGACGCUUCAUUGAGCUGGUGUAUAGAGGGGUCAUAAUUCUUGCCUACUGUCCCGCAAACCUCCGCCGCAAACGACUCGGACUUUUUUCACUCGUCGCUAUGAACCACUGCCAAUUAUAACAGUGGUGCCUUAGACUAUGACACGACUUAUAUUAAAUUAAUUGUGGGUACCUGUGGCCUCUCUAUCCAAAACUUGUAUCGGCAGCCUUCAGCAACAGAACGCAACACAUGCUGACAUAAGAUGGAGGCUAGUACCAGUAGCAUUGUCUGUGUGGAGUCUAUAAGCGGCUCAGGCAGAGGGGAGCGAGCAAAGUGGCAACCGCGGUUGGAGCACGCUCAAUCGAGGCAACCGUGGAGGCACAACGGGCCUGCUAGCACCUGGCGCAGAUGCAAAAUUGCAUUCCGCUGGAGGCGCGGGUUUUUGUCAGCGCUGUCACACCUCGCCUUGCUGCACGUAAUUGUUACACUGCUAUGGGGCAUCGGCCAGCGGGUCGCAGCCGCCAACAGCCCGCUGGAGUACUGGAGCCCGGACCCGCCUAGCCCGGAGCCACCACUUCUGCGGCCUCCGUCCCCGGAGCCACCCAGCCCGGAGCCUCCCAACCCGGUGCCGCGCAGCCCGGAGCCGCCCAGCCCGGAACCGCCUAGCCCGGAGCCACCACUUCUGCGGCCUCCGUCUCCGGAGCCACCCAGCUCGGAGCCACCUAGCCCGGAGCCUCCGUCGCCAGAGCCGCCUAGCCCUGAGCCGCCUGUGCCGCCCAGCCCUGCGCCGCCGUCUCCUGCGCCUCCGCAGCCGCCUUCGCCGGGCCCGCCGCAGCCGCCCAGCCCUGCGCCUCCGGUGCCGCCUAGCCCGGAGCCUCCUUCGCCUGCCCCCAGCCCGUCGCCUCCGGUGCCGCCUAGCCCUGAGCCGCCUGUGCCGCCCAGCCCUGCGCCGCCGUCUCCUGCGCCUCCGCAGCCGCCUUCGCCGGGCCCGCCGCAGCCGCCCAGCCCUGCGCCUCCGGUGCCGCCUAGCCCGGAGCCUCCUUCGCCUGCCCCCAGCCCGUCGCCUCCGGUGCCGCCUAGCCCUGAGCCGCCUGUGCCGCCCAGCCCUGCGCCGCCGUCUCCUGCGCCUCCGCAGCCGCCUUCGCCGGGCCCGCCGCAGCCGCCCAGCCCUGCGCCUCCGGUGCCGCCUAGCCCGGAGCCUCCUUCGCCUGCCCCCAGCCCGUCACCUCCGGUGCCGCCUAGCCCUGAGCCGCCUGUGCCGCCCAGCCCUGCGCCGCCGUCUCCUGCGCCUCCGCAGCCGCCUUCGCCGGGCCCGCCGCAGCCGCCCAGUCCUGCGCCUCCGGUGCCGCCUAGCCCGGAGCCUCCUUCGCCUGCCCCCAGCCCGUCGCCUCCGGUGCCGCCUAGCCCUGAGCCGCCUGUGCCGCCCAGCCCUGCGCCGCCGUCUCCUGCGCCUCCGCAGCCGCCUUCGCCGGGCCCGCCGCAGCCGCCCAGCCCUGCGCCUCCGGUGCCGCCUAGCCCGGAGCCUCCUUCGCCUGCCCCCAGCCCGUCGCCUCCGGUGCCGCCUAGCCCUGAGCCGCCUGUGCCGCCCAGCCCUGCGCCGCCGUCUCCUGCGCCUCCGCAGCCGCCUUCGCCGGGCCCGCCGCAGCCGCCCAGCCCUGCGCCUCCGGUGCCGCCUAGCCCGGAGCCUCCUUCGCCUGCCCCCAGCCCGUCGCCUCCGGUGCCGCCUAGCCCUGAGCCGCCUGUGCCGCCCAGCCCUGCGCCGCCGUCUCCUGCGCCUCCGCAGCCGCCUUCGCCGGGCCCGCCGCAGCCGCCCAGCCCUGCGCCUCCGGUGCCGCCUAGCCCGGAGCCUCCUUCGCCUGCCCCCAGCCCGUCGCCUCCGGUGCCGCCUAGCCCUGAGCCGCCUGUGCCGCCCAGCCCUGCGCCGCCGUCUCCUGCGCCUCCGCAGCCGCCUUCGCCGGGCCCGCCGCAGCCGCCCAGCCCUGCGCCUCCGGUGCCGCCUAGCCCGGAGCCUCCUUCGCCUGCCCCCAGCCCGUCGCCUCCGGUGCCGCCUAGCCCUGAGCCGCCUGUGCCGCCCAGCCCUGCGCCGCCGUCUCCUGCGCCUCCGCAGCCGCCUUCGCCGGGCCCGCCGCAGCCGCCCAGCCCUGCACCUCCGGUGCCGCCUAGCCCGGAGCCUCCUUCGCCUGCCCCCAGCCCGUCACCUCCGGUGCCGCCUAGCCCUGAGCCGCCUGUGCCGCCCAGCCCUGCGCCGCCGUCUCCUGCGCCUCCGCAGCCGCCUUCGCCGGGCCCGCCGCAGCCGCCCAGCCCUGCGCCUCCGGUGCCGCCUAGCCCGGAGCCUCCUUCGCCUGCCCCCAGCCCGUCGCCUCCGGUGCCGCCUAGCCCUGAGCCGCCUGUGCCGCCCAGCCCUGCGCCGCCGUCGCCUGCGCCUCCGCAGCCGCCUUCGCCGGGCCCGCCACAGCCGCCCAGCCCUGCGCCUCCGGUGCCGCCUAGCCCGGAGCCUCCUUCGCCUGCCCCCAGCCCGUCGCCUCCGGUGCCGCCUAGCCCUGAGCCGCCUGUGCCGCCCAGCCCUGCGCCGCCGUCUCCUGCGCUUCCGCAGCCGCCUUCGCCGGGCCCGCCGCAGCCGCCCAGCCCUGCGCCUCCGGUGCCGCCUAGCCCGGAGCCUCCUUCGCCUGCCCCCAGCCCGUCGCCUCCGGUGCCGCCUAGCCCUGAGCCGCCUGUGCCACCCAGCACUGCGCCGCCGUCGCCUGCGCCUCCGCAGCCGCCUUCGCCGGGCCCGCCGCAGCCGCCCAGCCCUGCGCCUCCGGUGCCGCCUAGCCCGGAGCCUCCUUCGCCUGCCCCCAGCCCGUCACCUCCGGUGCCGCCUAGCCCUGAGCCGCCUGUGCCGCCCAGCCCUGCGCCGCCGUCUCCUGCGCCUCCGCAGCCGCCUUCGCCGGGCCCGCCGCAGCCGCCCAGCCCUGCGCCUCCGGUGCCGCCUAGCCCGGAGCCUCCUUCGCCUGCCCCCAGCCCGUCGCCUCCGGUGCCGCCUAGCCCUGAGCCGCCUGUGCCGCCCAGCCCUGCGCCGCCGUCUCCUGCGCCUCCGCAGCCGCCUUCGCCGGGCCCGCCGCAGCCGCCCAGCCCUGCGCCUCCGGUGCCGCCUAGCCCGGAGCCUCCUUCGCCUGCCCCCAGCCCGUCGCCUCCGGUGCCGCCUAGCCCUGAGCCGCCUGUGCCACCCAGCACUGCGCCGCCGUCUCCUGCGCCUCCGCAGCCGCCUUCGCCGGGCCCGCCGCAGCCGCCCAGCCCUGCGCCUCCGGUGCCGCCUAGCCCGGAGCCUCCUUCGCCUGCCCCCAGCCCGUCACCUCCGGUGCCGCCUAGCCCUGAGCCGCCUGUGCCGCCCAGCCCUGCGCCGCCGUCUCCUGCGCCUCCGCAGCCGCCUUCGCCGGGCCCGCCGCAGCCGCCCAGCCCUGCGCCUCCGGUGCCGCCUAGCCCGGAGCCUCCUUCGCCUGCCCCCAGCCCGUCGCCUCCGGUGCCGCCUAGCCCUGAGCCGCCUGUGCCGCCCAGCCCUGCGCCGCCGUCGCCUGCGCCUCCGCAGCCGCCUUCGCCGGGCCCGCCGCUGCCGCCCAGCCCUGCGCCUCCGGUGCCGCCUAGCCCGGAGCCUCCUUCGCCUGCCCCCAGCCCGUCACCUCCGCCGCCUUCGCCGGGCCCGCCGCAGCCGCCCAGCCCUGCGCCUCCGGUGCCGCCUAGCCCGGAGCCUCCUUCGCCUGCCCCCAGCCCGUCGCCUCCGGUGCCGCCUAGCCCUGAGCCGCCUGUGCCGCCCAGCCCUGCGCCGCCGUCUCCUGCGCCUCCGCAGCCGCCUUCGCCGGGCCCGCCGCUGCCGCCCAGCCCUGCGCCUCCGGUGCCGCCUAGCCCGGAGCCUCCUUCGCCUGCCCCCAGCCCGUCGCCUCCGGUGCCGCCUAGCCCUGAGCCGCCUGUGCCGCCCAGCCCUGCGCCGCCGUCGCCUGCGCCUCCGCAGCCGCCUUCGCCGGGCCCGCCGCUGCCGCCCAGCCCUGCGCCUCCGGUGCCGCCUAGCCCGGAGCCUCCUUCGCCUGCCCCCAGCCCGUCACCUCCGGUGCCGCCUAGCCCUGAGCCGCCUGUGCCGCCCAGCCCUGCGCCGCCGUCUCCUGCGCCUCCGCAGCCGCCUUCGCCGGGCCCGCCGCAGCCGCCCAGCCCUGCGCCUCCGGUGCCGCCUAGCCCGGAGCCUCCUUCGCCUGCCCCCAGCCCGUCGCCUCCGGUGCCGCCUAGCCCUGAGCCGCCUGUGCCGCCCAGCCCUGCGCCGCCGUCUCCUGCGCCUCCGCAGCCGCCUUCGCCGGGCCCGCCGCUGCCGCCCAGCCCUGCGCCUCCGGUGCCGCCUAGCCCGGAGCCUCCUUCGCCUGCCCCCAGCCCGUCACCUCCGGUGCCGCCUAGCCCUGAGCCGCCUGUGCCGCCCAGCCCUGCGCCGCCGUCUCCUGCGCCUCCGCAGCCGCCUUCGCCGGGCCCGCCGCAGCCGCCCAGCCCUGCGCCUCCGGUGCCGCCUAGCCCGGAGCCUCCUUCGCCUGCCCCCAGCCCGUCGCCUCCGGUGCCGCCUAGCCCGGAGCCGCCUGUGCCGCCCAGCCCUGCGCCGCCGUCUCCUGCGCCUCCGCAGCCGCCUUCGCCGGGCCCGCCGCAGCCGCCCAGCCCUGCGCCUCCGGUGCCGCCUAGCCCGGAGCCUCCUUCGCCUGCCCCCAGCCCGUCGCCUCCGGUGCCGCCUAGCCCUGAGCCGCCUGUGCCGCCCAGCCCUGCGCCGCCGUCGCCUGCGCCUCCGCAGCCGCCUUCGCCGGGCCCGCCGCUGCCGCCCAGCCCUGCGCCUCCGGUGCCGCCUAGCCCGGAGCCUCCUUCGCCUGCCCCCAGCCCGUCACCUCCGGUGCCGCCUAGCCCUGAGCCGCCUGUGCCGCCCAGCCCUGCGCCGCCGUCUCCUGCGCCUCCGCAGCCGCCUUCGCCGGGCCCGCCGCAGCCGCCCAGCCCGGAGCCGCCAUUCGCAGGGGCAACAGUUCCCCACACUCCACCGCCCCUACCAAUGCCAGCCCCCGUUCCAGCUCCAGGCGCAUCCUCACCCACCCCACCCUCGCCGCACCCGCGAGAAGCGCCCAGCCCGGAGCCGUCAGCUGGCGGGCCACCUCCGUCGCCUGAGCCACCCAGCCCGGAGCCGCCUACCAACACCUCCAGUGUCAACGUGACGGUCUCACUAAGCGGAGUGGACUACGCUCUGGUGACCGCCUCUAGCACCGAGCUUGAGGCCUUCAAAACGAACACCUGCACCGAGCUUCUGUCCGCCACCAAAGCCGGCAGCUGUGUUGUGACGUCGGUGAUGGCUGGUAGCGUCACGGUGACAGCGGCCCUGGCCCCUGCUGUCGCGGGCGCCGGCAGCAGUCCGGUGGCCAUGCUGGCGGCCCUCAGCUCCGCUGUGGAUGCGUUGGUGUCGGCCCCGGCGUCAGCUUUCAGCCAGGUCUACUUCACAGCGUACGGCGUGACGUCGGUGCGUGUGAUCAAAGGCGGGACAGGAGGAGGAGGAGCUGGUGGUGGUGAGCCUGGUGGAAGUGGGCAGCAGCCCGCCGGCAGCGGAGGCGGCAACGGGCCAAGCCCGGUCGCGCCGCUGCUGCCGCCACCAACGGUACCAGGGGAACCUCCCAGCUUGUCCCCAUCACUGUCACCUUUUCCAAUUCCAGCAGUGUUGGAUGUGCCGCCAAGCCCGUUGCAGCCGUCCAGCCCGCUUCCGGAGUCUCCCUCCCCCAGCCCGGUGCAGCCGCCCAACCCAUUGCCACGUGUGCCUCCAAGCCCAGAGCCGCCUUCGUUGCCAGCCAGCCCUUCGCCGCCAUCGCCUGCGCCUCUGCAGCCGCAGCCGCAGCCGCCUUCAUCCUUGCCCGCCUUCCCGCCUCUCAUGCCACCUCCGCGCCCAUUCACACCUCCACCGUCCCCGCCGUCCCCGGUGCCAGGCGACAUCCAGCUAUCAGGCCUAGCGUCACCGCCGCCCCUGCCGCCCUCGCCUCGCCCACCUCGACCGCCUGCACCUCCGCCUUCACCGCGCCCGCCGCCGCCGCUGUCAUUGCAGCAGCUGUUGGCCGCCCCGCCGCCGCUCACCCCGCCGCCACCGCCGCCCGCAAUCGCUGUGCCGGCCUCCUGGUUGCUGACGGCAGCAGCAGCCGCGGCCGGCGGCACGGACGGCGACGCUGGGGCUGCCCGGAACCCGGACAUCACCCCGCCAACGGUCGUCCUGGUUGGAUCCAGCACCGUUGCAGUGGUUAUCUACGAGCCGUUCCAGGAUCCUGGCGCGUACGCCGUUGACGACCGUGACGGCCGUGUGGCGGUGGCCGCGUCAGCGGUGGGCAACCCCGUCAACACCAACCGGCUGACGGCAGGCCCCGACCAGGCCUACCUCAUCAUGUACACCGCGCGCGACGCAGCCAACAACAGGGGCGUGGCUUUCCGCCGCGUUGCAGUGUACGACAACUGCACCGCCCCAGAAUUCCGGUGCCCCGACACGCGCGGGUGCAGUGUCUUCGGCAGGUGCUCGGCCCAGCUGGGUGCGCUGUCGUCGCUGCUCGGCAGCUCAUAUGACGGCCGCGACGGCAUCGGGGCAGAUGGUAGCCCAUCUCCUGGUGCUGUUGUCACUGAUGGCGACGUGCCUGUCGCACGCCAGCGCGCGCCGGACUCCAUUCCGCCUGAGCUCACCCUGCGCGCUGGUGAAGACUCAGCCAGAGGCAGUGUGCGGAGUACGCUGUUCGUUGACCCCACGUCCUCGAGCACGAACUCGGAGGGCGGGGCGCUCCGCCUCGUCACCUACGUCCCUGUCGGCGUAAAGUUUGUUGAUCCAGGAGCAACUGCCAAGGACUGGCAGGACGGGUUCCCGGGCGGCCCGCCCACCAGCACCGACAUCAGUGACCGUGUUCUGGUCAGCGUGUCCCCGUCGAGCGGCGUCGACACCUCCCACCCCAGUCGGCCGGAUGCGCCCUUCCGCCUGACCUACACCGUGCGCGACCUCGCACUGCUCGCUGCGGCGCCCGCCAUACGGCUCGUGGUGGUUGAAUGCCCCGGUGGCGCCGACCCCUGCCCUGACCCGAACGACCCUGAUGGUCCGUACAUGGGCUGCAGCGUGCAGGGCGUCUGUGCCGCAGGUCUACAGCCUCUGAUGAAUACGGAGGACAACAGCGUCAGCGGUGGCAGCGGCAGCACUGACUCUUCGGGCAUUAGCAGCGGCGGCGGCGGUAGCAGCUCCGAUUCAGCCACCGCCUUACUACUGUUGAACGGGCAGGAAAGCGUGACCGUACCGCAGUACACACCAUACGUGUACGGCUGCUUUGACGCCGUCGGGUGUGACUUUGGUGCCACCGCCUCGUCCAGUACUUCCGUGUUUGGGGACCUCAACACAGAGGUGCUGGCAUGCGCCGAGUCCGUCAAGAACCCGGAGCCGUACCUCAAUGUGGGCCUGCAGUACUGCGGCAUCAACACUAGCGUGGUGACCACCUACUACAUCUCCUACACACUGCCGCCCGCCAAGUACCCGGGGGCGGGCGCCGUCUACCGCAAGGUGGUGGUGCAGGCCAGCUGCGCCGGCCGCACCUGCGCCGACGGCACCUGUGCGGACGAGGAUGACUCGUGCCCCGGUGAUCUGUUGGGCAUUAUCAGCAGCAGCAGUGGCGCUGGCUCCGGCGCCGGCGGCAGUAGCAGCGGUGAUGCCUCUGCCGGCAAUACCGCCAGCAGCGGGUCUGGCAUCGCGCAAGCUGCGGCGCAGGCAACCACGCCCCCACCAUUACCGCCCAGCCUGACGCUGCGUGCGGUAGUUCUGCGCGAUGGAUCCGUCAGCCUGAAGCAGUUCACCGCCUACAAGUGGUGUGCGCCCGGGCAGCCGCCCACAGAAUCGAUCCCCUGCGAGCCAGGGGCGGAGGCCACCGACGCCUCAGGCAACAACCUGACAUCACAGGUGGUCCUUUGCCCGCCUACGGACUGCUCCGCCAGCGGCUGCACCGGCCACCUGCCGUCCGUCAAGGCCGUGUCGGACUGCGGCGUGGUGACGGAGACGGCCGCCGUCGGCAAGGUGUUCCGCCUCAUUCUCGCCGUGUUUGACAGCCGCGGCCUGAACGCAACCGCGGAGCGCAUCAUCACCAUCGUGCCGCCAUGCAGCACCGGGGGGUCCUACUGCGACGGGGCCUGCUACAGCAUCACGUGCGAGCAGCGCGCGGCGCUGUUGGCACUCCAAGGGCCGGGCGCCGACCUUUCGGCUCCCCCGCAGGUGUACCUGCUGCCAACCGCUGCUGACGCGGCAGCCCUCGACCUGCUGUCGUACGGCGGCGGCAGCGGCCGCAGCCUUACGCUCGUGUACGGCACGCCCGCACCUCUGAGUUUUGAGCCCUGCACGUCACUGAGGGCCGCAAUGGCUGCUUCUGCAGUUGGCUCGAGUGGAAGCGGCGGCGGCGGCGGAGCCGGAGGCGGAGCCGGAGGCGGUCCUAGCUGUGCGGCUGUGGCCCUUGACGCUCAGGACGGCGAUCUCUCUCCUGAGAUAACCGUCACCGACGUCUCACCUUGCCCUGCUGCCGGUAACGGCACGGCCCUCGGCGCGUCGGACCGGGAGGCAGGGGCCGAUGGCGCUAGCAGCAAUAGUGUUGGCAGCAGCUCCAGCUGCUAUCGCUGCACUGCGUCGGACCUCAGUCUCGGCUCCUGCCUCCCCGGCAAGUACGUGCUGCGCUAUGCGGUGGUCGACAACGACGGCAUCCAGGGCCGCGCCGACCUGCAGGUUGCGGUCGAGCAGCGGCUUGCGGUGACACUGGGUGCAGAGCUGCGGUUUGACGCGUCGCCGGACCCGGCCCUUGGAGCCAGCGGCAAAGCCUCCGCUGCCGCGGUGGGCGCGGCGCAGGCGGCUGCUGCCGGCUACGCCGCGUCGCUUGCAGCUAACGCGACCGAGGCCUUUGCGGCUGCGCUGCGGCUGGUGCCCUUGUACGGCAUCGCUGUGGACUCGGUACGGCAGGUGGCGCUGCUGGGUGUUGAGGUGUUCGUGGCGCCCGCUGCUGUUGCCAUUGCUGAUGCUACGGGUGGCGGCAGCGUCGCGGCGGCGCUCGUCCGUGUGUCGUUCAACGUGACGGUGGCGUCCACGGAGCGCCCGGCGCUACUGGCAGGCAGCAGCAGCAGCAGCAGCAGCAGCCAAGGAACUCUUACAUCCAAGAACAGGCCAACGCCCAAGUCCACCGAGCCCCCAGCUCAAGCAACAUCAACUCCGAACUACGCAGCGUAAGUUCUGACGCGUCACCGUUCAUACGCACAUGACUAAGGACCAGGGGCUGGGUUGGGCUUGGGUUUGGGUAGACGGCUUGCUACCCAACGGGCUUCGGGGAUGGGAACUUGCACUUGCACGCUUUUGCAGAACUCACCUGAUGAGACCCUUGGCACGGUCGAAACGCGUCGUGAGAGCCUUGCCUUACUGCAUUAUAGUGCGAAUGCGGUGUUGGGAACUCGGACCCAUCCCUUAGGGCGUGCGUGCGUUUCUGUCCUUACUCCUAGCCUGCCUUUUGCUCACGCGUGCUUCGGCACGCACUGGUCCUCCUACCGUGUCUUUUGGGGAACCUACGUUUGUGCCCAUUCCACCGCACUGACCCUUCCACCUACGCCAACUCUUACGCUUGCAUCACACGGCUCUCCAACACCACUUACAGCAGCACAUACCCUCUUCGCGCUUGGUCACGACUGAUGUCAGUCUGUGGCUGGGUUGUCGCAUGGGGCUUGGCUUGCCAAGCCCGGAGGAGUUUUGCAUACUGAGGGCAAACUUGCACGCCACCUGGGUACUGACGUUUACCGUUUUCGCCUUUCGCACUUGUCAUGUCUUGACACGAAAGCAACCUGGCUGUGAGGUUCGGUCAACAUCGGAAUGGUGUUGGUGCGUGACUUCUUUGGUUACCCAGGGGUGCACGGUUCCGUGUUGCUCGACUGUGGUGGGAUGCGGUGGUGACGGUCGCAGUACCGAAGCCCGCUAUGCGCCCACUAACCACUUUCGCGCUCACGAACCACACUUGAGGCAUUGGCUCUGCGAGUUGGUGGCGGUGAUGGGCACAGCCCUGAUCCCAUUAUACU